CGAGACGCCGUCCCUGGAAGAUGCAGCGCUCACUCGCGGCCCUCAUUGCUUUCGCCGCACUCGCCACAGCACAGAACCCAGAAUGCAACCCACUGGGUGACAUGAGGGGGUGCAGUUCGCCGGAACGCUGCGAGGAAGUGUUCGUAGCGGGCCCGAUCGGAGAAAAGAUAACGCGGGUCAACGCUUCCUGCCACAACAUGCUGGACGUCGCCGAGAACCGAUCCCGAGACGCGAAGAUGCAAGCGGCGAUGACGAGCAAGGAGAUGUGGAAGCGCAUGGUGGAGCUGUACCCGCAGGUGUGCCGGCUGCGGCAGAACACGACGGAGAUGCAGGAGGCGGCGAGGCGAGUGCUGGACACCAAGGGAGACACUAUAGCUCCUGCUGUCGCCAGCGCCUGCCGAGAAGUGCUCGAAUUCCCUGCCGGCACCUAUGACGUGCUGGCGGAGCGAGUGCUCACCUGCUUCAGGAACUUCACGGUGGAGGUGAUGGAAUCGGCGAGGCGCCUGGAGGAGCAGCUGAUCUCGGGCAGCAUGGAGCGCAUCGAACAGACGGCGCAGUUACUGGAGGAGUGCAUCCCGGACGUGGAGUCGUGCGAUCUGCCCGAGGAGGACGUGACGGCGAUGGUGGAGUGCGUGGCCCGCCGGGAGGCGGAGAAGUCGCUGGACGAGCGCGAGAAGGAGCUGGGCAUCUUCGCCACGCACCUCGUCACCUUCGCCGGCGCCAACUACACCAUGCUGGUGCAGCGCAUGAGCCGCUGCUUCGCGUACACCUUGGACUCGUACUCAAACGCGACCGAGGCCUUGUGGGACAAUAACAGCCAGUGCACUGGCGUGCCGCGCGUCAAGGACGAGCUGUAGGGACUCGAGCGUCGAGCGAAUGUGUGCGAGUCCUUAAAGGACUAUUCUUGGGCGCGAGAGAGGGAGAGAGAAGGAAAUGUUGAAGAGAAGUCGAGAGGCAGGGAGUAGUUGAGUAUAUGAGCUCGCGCCAUACAAAGAAUGAAUGAGAGGACAUUUUCGUGAGGAGACUUCAUGUCAUGACAGUACUUGAGUGUCACAAAGGAGAUAAACUAUUACGUUUUUUUGUAAUAACAAAAAUAUACUGGUCUUCCAUGAUCUACUGUAGUACGUAAUUUGUGAGCUAAAGCACAUUACAUUUUUAAUUCUUAAGAUUUUCCUUAGACGGCCGGUGUGGCCGAGCAGUUCUAGGCACUUCAGUCUGGAACCGCGCGCCCGCUACGGUCGCAGGUUCGAAUCCUGCCUCGGGCAUGGACGUGUGAUGCCCUUAGGUUCAAAUAGUUCUAAGUUCUAGGGGACUGAUGACCUCAGAUGUUAAGUCCCAUAGUGCUUAGAGCCUUUUGAACCAUUUUUGAUUUUCCUUGUCUUUAGAGGAAGCCCUGUCUUCUUGUUCGCAAAGGAAGCGGCGAAAACGCUGUAUAGUUAGUUUCAUGCUCCAUAGACAGUUCGAACGACUAUUUAUCGAAAUGAUGUGGGAUGAGUCAGGAAUGCAUCGCUACUUUUAAUGCAAAUAAACAUAUUAUUUUUCAGUCCUAGUUCUGCAGCUAUGCUUAAAACUAGUUUUUGUAUCAGGCUACCAGUUUUAAAUAACAAUGCGUCUGUGAAAUGGAAGUAGUGGUUCAGAAGAAAUUAUUUUACCUUUGUUGGUGUGGAAGUUUUCUGAGUAUCGUACCGCGUCGCAGCGUAAAAAAAUAUACCGGAGAAACCAACGUUCCGGUCACAACAGUGGCCUUCUUCAGGGUCUACUGAUGUACUUGAGCUGUGCAGAGUCGCUUAUAUUUUGUCACUGCUGCUCACUAUGCGUGAGUUACGUCAUAAUUUUAAAAGAUCGUUGUUAUUGUUGAUCACCUGAGGCGAAAGGAAUGGGAACUUCCUUACAAUAGGUUGCAACCCCGGAGGAAGUGGGAAUUUGGUCUUGUCUGUUGCUUCUUUCAUUGUUUGUGUGUGUGUGAAAUCUUAUAGGACUUAACUGCUAAGGUCAUCAGUUCCUAAGCGUACACACUACUUAACCUAAAUUGUCCUAAAGACAAACACACACACCCAUUCCCGAGGGAGGACUCGAACCUCCGCCGGGACCAGCCGCUCAGUCCAUGACUGCAGAGCCCGAGACCGCUCGGCUAAUCCCGCGCGGCUUCUUUCAUUGUUUGCUAUGACUGAUGUUCAUCGGCGAAUUAGGCGUGGGCUCCUGGUUUCCUCCUGCUCGACGAAGUCCAUGCGGCGGCAAUUAUUCAUCGGUAGCGUUCGCGUCUCGCGUUGUUGGUGUGGCCCUUAGAGGCUGACAGCCAGGAUGCAUCAAGCCUGAAUCCAUCGUCUCUGAUCAUGUUGUAAGGGUGUUUUAUUGUUUCUAGGGUUUCUCUGUUCUUGCGUUUUGUCGAAGCCGGCUACUUAACCAGUGCGCGAGUUUCGUUAAAUCUGAUUUCCUUGCUACAGCUUUUCCGGCGCUCCGCCACAGCAGACUCGUAGUGCUGCCCAGGACGAAUAUAACGCAAACUCCCCAUUCUCCCCACCGCUGCAGCCUGUUAUAAUAACGUCCCCGCUCCUUCCCCCCACAACUGAAAAGUCAUGCUCAGUGAACAGCACUAAAUGUCGUGUGACUAGGACCCCCCGUCGGGUAGACCGUUCGGCGGGUGCAAGUCUUUUGACUUGACUUCACUUCGGCGACUUUCGUGUCGAUGGGGAUGAAAUGACGAUGAUUAGGACAACACAACAUCCAGUCCCUGAACGGAGAAAAUCUCCGACCCAGCCGGGAAUCGAACCCGGCUCCUUAGGAUUGACGUUCUGUCGCGCUGACCACUUUUUUUUAAAAAAAAAAUCUUAUUUUGUUCGUUUUAUGUGCUCUGGGCGGACGUCGCAAGACACCAGUUUCAGUUCGUCGUUGAUCCAUUAACUCAGUUUUUUAUUACAGAGGGUAGCUAGCCCUCUGACCGAACAUGCUGAGCUACCGUGCAGGCGACCACUCAGCUACCGGGACGGACAGUGAACAUCACUGGCAAAAUAUAGGCGACUCCACACAGCUAAAGCAUAUCAGAAGACCCAGAAGAAGGUCACUGUAACCAUGGGCGAAACAUUGGUUUCUCGAGUUUAAUUUUUGACAUUAUGAUGCGGCACUAUUCUCAGACAACUUUUAUGUCAACUGUCCCUAGCCGCGGAAUCCUACGAAAUUAUAUUUCAGGUUUGAUUUACAACGUGCUUUGCCACCUGUCAAACAUUUUAUGUUACUGAUCAAAUUUUUUGUUGACACAUAAAGAACUCAUUUCGAAGCCACUGACAACUUUAAGAAUGAGUAAUGGUCAUUUUUCAUGUAGUGUUGUAGGUAUGUGCGUUAGUAUUCUUCUCAAAUUGAGAUGGAUUAUUUACGACGAAUUUCAUUUCUGAAUGUACAGGGUAAUUCACAGUUCCUGUUACAGGCUUCUGUUAGUCGUAGAGGGAAGGGACUUAGUAGAUAAACUUCUGAUGAGAACUCAUGUUCGGAAAUGUACCGUGUCGAAGUAAAAUAAGAUUGAAUAUCGAAAUACUUUUAAAUCUGCUUCACGGUACGCACAUAGCGAGACAGCUCUGACCUGCGUCCUUUACGAGAGUUGCUCCACGUGGCGACGUUGGUGUUCGUUGCACGAGCUGUCUCUGCUACGGGACUCAUGCUUUCAAGUACACUGGACUGAGGAGAUCUGGAAAACAAUCUCGAUACAUGCAUUGUGCAGCUCUACCAUUACGUAACGUACAGUGAAACGGGAGAUUUUAAACUGAUCCGUAUCCAAACGGUACAUUUCCGUACAAGAGUAAACUUAAUCUAGUACUAAAAAGAAUUAAAAAUACAACAAAAAAGGAGCCUGUAUGUAUUGUGAAAGUGCAAUUAAAAUGCUCAACUGCUUAAAGAGAUAUCUAUCUGAAACGUGACUACAGUUAACAUUACAUUUUUUAUUCUUACCGCUCGCAACUUCUGUGUCACUAUUAAAAAUCUUCAACGUAAA